AUGGUUGCCUGUUUCUUUUCUACUGAGUGGCCAUUGCUUACCUGUCUGCCUGCUCUUUUUCAUCCAUCCCCACCUGUUUGCCUCCCUUGCACAGGUGCCGUCCUCAAACAGGUUGCAGAGAAUGCUUGGGCAGCUGAACGGCCCUUUGUUUGGUUGGGAAUAGACGUCGGUGGAUGCAUGGCUGUGCUGAGGCUCAGCGAUGGAAGCCUCUGGGUGCACAGCCCUGUCCAGUUGGACGAUGACCUGGCGGCAGCCUUAGCAGAACUGGGCGAGGUCAAGCACAUUGUCACCCCAAACUACGAGCACACAAAGUACGCCAAGCAGUGGAUAGAGCGGUAUCCUGGCGCGCGCUCAUAUGCAUGCCCCGGGCUGAAGCAGAAGGAGCCGGAGGUCCCCUACACCACUGAGCUGGGCGGCGGUGGCGGGGACCCCCCGGAAUGGCUGGGGGAGGUCCAGUCAACCUGGCUCAGCUACGAGCGCAACCCCUUCAAUGGAAAGCCUUUCUUCAAUGAAGUGGGGCAUACCGUGCAGGGCAUCUGCUUCCUUACAGAUCUGAAAUGCCUGAACUAUCCUAGCCAGGUCCCGGGAGGCACAAAGCUGUUCAAAUUUGGCAUGGAUAGAAUCUACUUGCCAGUCUACAGGAAUUUCAUGAUCAAAGAAAAAGGGGAGUAUGUUGGGGCAAUGCAACGCAUCUUUGAGGAAUGGGACUUUGAUGCCAUUCUGCCCUGCCAUGGAGACUUCGUCUCCAAGAAUGGCAAAGAAGUGCUGAGGAAGCACCUGAAACUCCAGUAG